AAAAAGUAAACUUGUCAAAGAAAAGGAAACCAAAUCAAAGUAGAAUUUGUAAUACAUUUAUUAGAACUUAAAUCAUAAACUUUUGAGAGAAAGUAAUAUUUAAACAAAAUGCUUAAGGGUAUGGUUAGUUUAGUUACCGGCGGUGCAUCGGGUCUGGGUAAAGCCACAGUCGAGAGGUUUAUAAACCAUGGAGGGAAAGUCGUCAUCCUUGAUGUUCAGGCCACAAGAGCAGAGCAGGUGGCUAAACAAUUUGGUAAUGAUGUUAUAGCUUCCCCAGGUUGUAUCACAUCCGAGGAUGACGUAAAAAAAGCACUGCAGUUAUGUAAAGACAAGUUUGGGCGGUUGGAUACUCUAGUCAACUGUGCCGGCCAUGUUGCCACGCACCAGAUAUACAACUUCAAUAAAGACAAAGCUUGCGACCUAGAAGGAUUCCAGAAAUGUGUUAAUGUAAAUACAGUAGGCACAUUCAAUGUGACCCGCUUGGCUGUGGGUCUGAUGGGUCAGAACAAGCCCAAUGAGCAGGGACAGAGAGGAGUGGUCGUCAACACUGCUUCCACAAUAGCAUAUGAAGGUGAUAUAGGACAAGCUGGCAUUGCUGCAUCCACAGCCGGCAUUGUCGGUAUGACAUUGCCUAUUGCCCGGGAUCUGGCGCCUAGAGGGAUCAGAGUGGUCACAAUUGCUGCUGGUAUUUUCGACACUCCCCUAGUCUCAUACUUACCCGAGAAAAUGGUAGAAUUCCUCAAACGAAUGACUCCCUUCCCCUCAAGACUAGGCAAGCCGGAGGAAUUUGCUCACCUCGUAUCAAGUAUCGUGGAAAACCCGAUGCUUAACGGAGAGGUCAUAAGAUUAGACGGCGCCCAAAGGUGGUUCCCGCUGUAAUAUUAAGCCAGUUAUUGUUAAGUUUGUAGAAAUAAAUGUAGAUAUUA